UUUCCUCAAGUGAGAAAGAGGGGAGCUGACGAGAAAAGAGAGAAGAAAGCAAGGACUACAUGCAAUUUUCGUGUGAUAAUUUAAUCUCUGAUGAACAUCAUAUUGGCAGUGAUGGUUAUCUGGCCCAUGUGUGCCGCAUGGCUCACGCUGAUGAUGAUGGUGUUAAGGGUAUUUUCAGGUAUCUCCAAGGUUCUGCAGAUCAUGGCUUGCUUCUUCAGCCGAACACUUCUUCUCCUACCUUACAGGCCUAUUCGGAUGCUGACUGGCCUGGUUGUCCCGAUAGUAGUCGAUCUACUUCAGGAUUUGGUAUUUUUUGGGGCCCUAAUUUAGUCUCAUGGAAGUCCAAGAAGCAGCCCAUUGUCUCCGGCUCUUCCACAGAAGCUAAAUGUUGGGCUAUUGCUUACACGGUUCGGGACACUCUUCAUAUUCGCUCCAUCUUGUUCGAAUUGGGCAUUCCCAUUCGCCAUGCACAACUUGAGGGGUUGUAAUAGUGUUCUUAAUACCUUAAUUAGGUUUCCAUAUUUAUUAGGUUUCCUAUUGUAAUCGGGACAUGUUUUAUUAUAUAUAUGACAUCUAGGGCUACCACAUUGGUAAGCCAUUCCAUUAUUCUCACAACUAAUGGUCAAAGUUGUGCAUGGACAAACAUGAAAUGUUAACAAUUGCAUUUAUUUAAGAACGGAAGUAGUACUACUUAGUAUAUAUACA